AUGCCCAACAUACGAUGUCGAUAUUACGAGGACGAUGGUACUCCGUUAAAUGGUGGAUGUCCCGGUCAGGGCUACAACUGCGGUUUUGUUCAUCCCAGCGAACCCGCAUGGCGAAAUGCACCACCACCUCGUAGUCGGUACCGACCUGACGGACAAUUUCGCGAGAAGGGUGGAGACUGGGGAGGUGGUUGGGGAAGAGACGGUGAGCGAGGAAGAGGAAGGGGGAGAGGAAGGGGAAGGGGAAGAGGCAGAGGCAGAGACUCUUACGGAGAUAGAGGUGACGGGCAUGGCUAUGGGCAUGGGGAUUAUGGCAAUGGAGGCGGGGACUUUGGAGGACCACCUGCAGGAAGCUCAGAUGCUCGCACUCCCACCUGGGGAAACGGGGGUGCGGCUAACUUUGGAGAUCCGCCUGCCUGGGGUGUUGGUGGCGGUGGUGACUGGGGAGCCCCUGUGCCGCCGAACAACAAGGGGAAGGAGAAAGCGAAGGACGUUGACGACACAUGGGGUGGAUGGAACGUACCGACCGCUGCUACCGCAAGCACCGGUGCGCAUGCCGCAGUUGCUCCUGCUCCUGCUCCUGCUCCGGCCGUCGAUGCGAGCGGAUGGGGUAUCCCAUUGGCAGAGGAGAGUGGAGGCGGAGCUGACUCAGUGUGGGAUACGGGAGGCGGAGAAGUCGAGUGGGGUGGUGGCGGGUGGGGAGACGCUGCGGGAUCUGGUGGAGGGUGGGGAGACGCUGCGGGAUCAGGGGAUAACUCUAGUGGUGCAGCAGCAGGAGGUGGAGAGACUGGAUGGGGGAACACCGACGAAGGACCGGCUUGGGGAAAUGCCAGUGAGGAGACCGUCUGGGCAACGGGACCUUUGGCUGGCGAAUCUGCUGGUAACGCGAUGGAUGUUGACGAAACCCUUCCACAACCUCAUCAGCUUGGUGGAAGUGCGUCCCAGCCAUCAGGACGGAUAGCUGCGGACCCCUUGACCUCUGUCAGACAAGAGUUUUCGAAGGUUUUGGGUGAGGAGCGAAAGGGCAAUGACGAAGAUGAUGGUAUUGAACGUGAUAGCGACACCGACGACGACGAUGAUAUGGGCGAACCCAAUGACCCCGAAAGUUUACCUGGGAAGAGGCAGGCCUCUAGGCGAUAUCUCAAGUAUGGCCAGCCCUCACUUCGUUCUUCUCUUCUUCUUUUACCCUUCCUGUCCAUUCAGAUUGGUCUGACGCGUUCUCUCCGAACAGAAUCGUCCAACGAGCUAUCGCUGCUCAACUCAAACUCUCCGAUGCACAAGUCGCUCGUGCGCGGUGGCCAUGCCGCUCGCAUUAUUCUUGACGCCACCACCUCGAAAUACGAAAAUGAGGUGAAUCGGCGGCAGGAGCAGUUGAACAAGGCUUUGACGGGACUGAGAGAUCUACCAACCACGAUGUACGAUUAUGUGAAGGACUUCAAACCGGAGCAGAAACAGAAGCAGGCAGAGCAGUAUCUCGAGGAGGUAAAGGGUUGGGUAAAAAGCUUAAGGCCUUUGGUGGAAGCAGCGGAGCAAAAGGAAAAGGAGGCACAAGCAAGGAUAAACGCACACAUCUUUGACGAUCCUCUGAUGCCCGAAGAACUGGCCCCCAUUUACACCCGUAUUAAGGGACUCGCAGAAGCCAUGGAUGAUCGUGAAGCGAAGCACGACUAUCACGCGUUCAUGAACCUCGAACGAGACCUCAUCUCAGAGCGGAUACAUGCCCGAACAAGGGACAUCGCGACUCCCUAUGCGCGAGCUCAGCUUUCAGCAGAAGACGAGGUGAUGAUGGGGCCAUUAGAUGAAGUAGUUGCGAAAGGAGUCAAGGUUAACUCUCAGCUGGACGACCAAGCGUCCAUGAUUGCAAGCCUCUACGAAGACCAGAAAGUGAUUGGUGGAAGACACGAACAAGUGAACAAACACUUUACUACGAUAGAACCGAGGCUCGUCCAGCUCGAGAAGAAGUCAGCAGAAGCUCAGCAGACUGUUAAUGAGAACGAGAAACAACUCGAAAAGCUCAAAGCCGUCUUCGCCGCCUAUCAGGCCCGCCUCCCACAACACCCGUCGACUGUCUCUCCAGACCUGAUCCUCGAGCAGCUGACACCACAUAUUGAGAAACAAGCCGAGGACAAUCUACGUCCUACAUUUAAAGGCCUACAUGCGACACUUCACGACAGAUUAGAGGACCACCAGGCCUCUCUGUACGACGCGUUGCACGGACAGGUUCUUCCACUCUUCGAGAUGAUGGCUCCUGCGCGAAUGUGGAUGAACGGGAUGAUAGAAGCUGAGGCCAGAGGAGCAGAGGGUUCGUGA